AAACUUUGUUGAGGCAAUGUUACUGUAAACCAAGCAAGCUACAGAGUAAUUUUAAUAUGAACAUAAGUGUUCCUUUUGGCGCCUCUAAACCUCUGUAUCGAACCAGGAAUAAUAAUAAUUAUCAUAAUAAUAUUGGUGUUGGUGGUGAUAAUUGUGAUUAUGCAAUUGAAAGUAAUAAUAUAAGCUACUCAAUCAGCAAUGGAAAGGGGAGAUUUAUUCCUAUUUUAAAAGAUUGUUCAUUGAAAAUUCCACGUGGGCAGUUUUGGAUGUUGCUUGGACCUAAUGGAUGUGGCAAAUCUACUCUUUUGAAGAUCUUGGCAGGUCUGCUAAGCCCGACAGAUGGUUUUGUGGAUGUGAGGAAACCUAGAAGUUACGUUUUCCAAAAUCCAGAUCACCAGGUAGUCAUGCCGACUGUAGAAGCCGAUGUGGCGUUUGGCCUUGGACAACUUAACCUGACUAAUGACGAAACAGAAAUGAGAGUGGCAAAAGCAUUGACUGCUGUGGGCAUGUAUGAAUAUUUACAAAGACCGGUACAAACUCUUAGUGGGGGUCAGAAACAAAGGGUUGCAAUUGCUGGUGCUCUGGUCGAAGAAUGUAAAGUAUUGUUAUUAGAUGAACUCACAACUUUCUUAGAUGAAAGCGAUCAGAUUGGGGUGAUAAAAGCCGUGAAGAACACAUUGAGUAGUUCUAAAGAUGUGACUGCAUUAUGGGUAACGCACCGACUGGAAGAACUAGAGUAUGCAGAUGGUGCUGUGUAUAUGGAAGACGGAAAAGUCGUGAUGCAUGGUGAAACAUCAGUCAUAAUGGAUUCUAUCGAAGCUAGGAAAACCUCUUAUACCAACACUAUCAACUCUUGAAAAGCAUUUGCUGCAUGUAUGUAACAUAGCAUCACUACAUUCUAGUCGUCGUGAAAUAUGUUCUUUUAACGUAAAGAAAAGCAUCAUAUUCAUUCUUA